AUGUCAUCAAAUAAAAAGUCACCUUAUGUUACCUUCCAAGGCUCUCAGAAUUUUAGAUUAAGAAUCGUUCUUUCUACUCUUUCUGGUAAACCUAUAAAGAUUGAAAAGAUUAGGUCAACUGAUCUAAAUCCUGGUCUAAAGGAUUUUGAAAUAUCGUUCUUAAGAUUGAUGGAAUCAGUGACAAACGGUUCUCAGAUUGAAAUCUCAUACACAGGUACCACUGUAAUUUAUAGACCAGGUAUCAUCGUUGGGGGCUCCCAUACACAUAAUUGUCCUCCAUCUAAACCAGUUGGUUAUUUUGUUGAACCUUUGUUAUAUUUAGCUCCAUUUUCCAAGAAAAAAUUUUCUAUUGUGUUGCGUGGUAUAACCAGUUCUCAUCAUGAUGCCGGUGUAGAGGCCAUUAAAUGGGGUUUACUACCUAUUUUAGAAAAGUUUGGUGUUAGAGAAUGUGCUUUACAUACAUUGAAAAGAGGUUCCCCACCAUUAGGUGGUGGUGAAGUUCACUUAGUAGUUGACACAUUGAUUGCACAACCUAUAACGAUACAUGAGUUAGAGAGACCAAUGAUAAGUGCUAUUAAAGGUGUUUCUUAUUCAACCAGAGUCAGUCCAUCUUUGGUAAAUAGAAUGAUCGAUGGUGCUAAAAAAGUACUGAAAAAUGUAGGUUGUCAAGUAAAUAUCACUGCAGAUGUUUGGAGGGGAGAAAAUUCCGGUAAGAGUCCAGGUUGGGGUAUAACAUUAAUAGGUGAGACCAAGAAAGGUUGGUGUUAUUUUGCAGAAGCUAUCGGUGAUUCUGGAGCUAUCCCAGAGGAAGUUGGUGAGAUGGUUGCUUAUCAUCUGUUAGAAGAAAUUGAAUCCAGUGGGGCUAUUGGUAGAACACAAUUACCUUUAGCAAUAACAUUUAUGGUAAUUGGUAAAGAAGAUAUAGGUAGAUUGAGGAUAGCCAAGGCUGAAAUAGACGAAAGAUUUGUAGUUUUGUUGAGAGAUAUAAAGAAAAUAUUUGGUACCGAAGUUUUAUUGAAAGAGGUUAACGAUGGUAGCGACCAUAGUGAUGACUAUAUAGUUACAGUUAAAGGUAACGGUUUCACAAAUGCCAAUAAAAAGAUUGCAUAG